CUAUUUUCCAGAACUAGAAUCUGCAACUAACACACUCAAUUUUCCCUCCAAAAUCCUCCCCCGUUUCUCCACUCUCUCUCAACCCUAACCCUAACCAUAUCUCUCUCAUGAAUUGUAAUAAUGGGUUCUCUUCAAGAUAGUGAUGCCCAAAUCAAGCCAUUUGAACCCAAUAAAAAUUCGAGUUUCACUCAAUCCAAUACUCAGCUCUUUGAUUCCCAGAUUUUUCCUGGUGAAAAAGGUGUUGAUGCUCAUGCGGGUCAGUUGGUGCAAAAUAGUGUACCUUUUAGUGAUACUGUUGCGGUUGAAGAUGCAUUCGAGACUCAAGUAAUAGAUCUUUGUGAUGAGACACAAGUAUUGGAUGAUCCAGAUUGCUUUGAACAUAUGGAGACUCAAGUGAUAGAUGGGUUAAAUAGUGAUGGUGAAGAAACAGAUAAAACUGAAGUUUUGGAUGAUACUAAUGAGCUCUCUGAUGGUGAAUCUCUUAGAAGAGGUAAAUGUGAUUCGUUGGAUGUUGAGAAUACUUCUCUUGAGCUUACUAACAACAGAUUGGUGGAGGAUCUUGAUGAAAACCAUAUUUCCAUUGCUGCCCCAAGAUUUCUUUCAGUGCGUGCAGCAUCUUUUCGAGUCUCCGGUCUAGCAGCUCGCAGAAAAUAUCUGGAAGGGAUCAACAGUGAGUCCUCUUCUCUCCUGACUAGUAAUCAGCAUUCAGAGGAAGAUACUGUCAAGGAUAAUGGAUCAAAGACAUGGGAGGAAGCUGAUCAGGUAUCUGAUGAAGGAAGAUAUACUGAUGAAGUGAAGGGAUUGAUAAACAGAAACAGCUGUAAGAUUGGUUGUCCGACAAUGCGAAAACUCUUUGAUGAGGACUUUGAAAUUGAAGGACUUGCUUCCAGCAGCAAUAAAUCUGUGGAGGAUGAAGAAAUGCUUCAGUUGCCUGCUGCUGAUGAUGGGUUAGCAGGGUUGAGCUAUAUUGACUCACAAGAACCUGGAGAGUCAUCACAAGCCAAUGCACUUGCCUGUGUGCAAAGGUUGAUUGAAGAGAACAAGGUGUUAUUUGAUAAUGAAUUUGACUUGGGAAAGAGUAGCAAGGGAAAGUCAAAUCUGAUUUCAACUGCAAAAGGGCCACAAAGCUUGGCCAAGAAAGCUAAUGAUAGAGGUACUGAUAGGAAAACAAGAAUUUUUGACUGGGAUGAUGGAAGAGAAGAUGAGGGAGGGGGAGAUAUUUUCCGUAGAAGGAAGGAAGAAUUCCUUGGUACUAGAAGUCUUGGGCAAAGAUCUUUAUCAAAAUCCCAGAUGGCAAAAGGAAAUCAACUGGAUGGAUACAGAGGCAACAGAGGAAAAUCAAGUGUCCAUAAUGAAAAAGUUGUUCACUCUGAUUCAAAAAUUGUAUUGCAUGGUCCAAAACAAAAUGACAAGAGAGCUCCUGAAGCUGACUUGAAUAUUAGGAAGAAUCUUGUGAAUGAGUUUGACGAACAGUCUAAUAAAGCAACUUCUGCUGGGCAGCCGGAAGCUGCUCUUACCAUUAAGGAUAUGCUAGAAGCACCUAAUAUAGGUUUGGACACUCAAAUGGCUGCUGAAGCCAUGGCAGCCUUAUUUAAUGGGAAUGGAAUUCCCAACUCCGAUGGUAAUGAUGUGCCAGGAAAUUCUGAGGACUUUUUAAAAGGGUCUCGAGGAAGAAAAGGUAAGAAGAGUUCUCAUUCAAAGCAACAAUCUUUUGAUAAAGAAUAUGAUAUCGGGGUUGCCACAAGGAAUUCUAGUAAAACGAAGAAGAUUUGUGAUAAAUCAAGCAAACAGCCUUCAAUUUCAUAUCAGAAACAUUCUGAGACUUUCAGGAUUGAGCUAGAUAAGGAUCUAGUAAUGACAAGAAGCAAGAGGGCAAAACUAGAUGCAGAAGUCUUACUGACUAAUAGAACAAACAUGGUGGGUAAAAUGCCUUAUAAAAUGGCAGAAAAACCUAUUGAAAGUUGCCUACUUGAUGACUUUGAUGGAUGUCAUGGAACUGCUUUGAGUGGAAGUUUCUCAGUUAUGAAACGGAAGUUACCAGAGGAAGCUGCUUUAGCACCCAUUGCUCAUCGAACUAGGCAAGCCUUGGUCACUUCUCAACUCAGAACUGCUGAAAUGGCAUCCAGUAGUUUUGAAAAAGAAAUGAACUGUCCCAUGGAUGUUGGUGCAGUCAGAACAACUAAAGCUGGUAAAAGUGUUGAGGCUGCUAAGGUGUUGGAUGCUAAAGGGAAAUCUUCAGAACUGGUUUCUAGUCAAUCUGGAGAACUUGAAGAUUUAAAAUCAAAAUUGAGAACCAUGAGUAGUGGCAUCAGUUGUCCAAGACGAAGAAGAUCUAGCUGGCAGUUAUCAGUUCAGCUUGAUGAACCUUGCAACUUAGAUGCUCAGUCUAGACCAUCUAAUCAACCAGUAAAAAUUGAAAAAUCUGCAAGAAUGCCCAAAAGAUCACGGAGCACUGCUAAAUUUAUCACUCUCGCAGAUUUAAAUACAAAGCGGAAAACACGAUCCUCAUCAACUGCUUGUCCAGAUUUUCCUUCUAUCUACCCAAACUUUGAUGGAAAAUCAGCAGGAAGUAUAGGUACAUUAGGUUCACGUGGUGCUUCUCGUAACUGUAGUUCUUCUGAUGGGACAAAGAUUUCUAAAGAUCAAAUGGCUGAGAAGGAAGUAAAAUUACCUGACAGACAGACUAAUAUAUUUUCAUCAUUAUCUGCUGAACAUGAAUUAAAUUCAGAUAAUUUAUUGAAGGAGGCAACUGAACCAUCUAAAUCCAAGUGUGUUUCCCCUGUUAACUUUACGACAUCUGUGAAUGCUGUAUCACCUGUCUGUAUUGGCGAUGAAUCUUUGAAGCGAUCAUGCCAGAAGAGCCUGUCUAGAUCGUGCCUCAUGAGAGAAAUUAGUAGCUUAUGUGCCACAGGGCGAGAACCUAUUUCUUCGCCAAAAGAAUCUAGGAGGAGAAGGGAUUUGAGUAAUGUUAGAGUCAUGUUCAGCCACCACUUGGAUGAGGAUAUAAUUAAGCAGCAGAGAAAGAUUGUGGAACGUCUUAAACUUGCCACAGCAUUGUCUAUUACAGAUGCAACACACUUUAUUACUGAUGAAUUUGUGCGUACAAGGAAUAUGUUAGAGGCCAUUGCUUCUGGAAAACCGGUGGUGACACAUUUAUGGCUUGAGAAUGUUGGACGGGCUAACUAUUACAUUGAUGAGCAAAAAUACAUACUCAGGGACACAAAAAAGGAAAAGGAGAUUGGUUUUAACUUGCCAGUUUCAUUGGCACAUGCAUGUCAACACCCACUUUUAGAGGGUCGAAGAGUUCUAAUCACUCCGAAGACAAAGCCAGGAAAAGACAUAAUUUCAAGCUUGGUUAAAGCAGUUUCUGGUCAGGCAGUUGAGAGAGUUGGCAGAUCUGCUCUUAAGGAUGAUACAAUUCCAGAUGAUCUGUUGAUUUUGUCUUGUGAAGAAGAUUAUGGAGUUUGUGUACCUUUCCUUGAAAAAGGGGCAGCUGUUUAUAGUUCAGAGCUGUUAUUGAAUGGAAUUGUUAUUCAGAAGCUGGAAUAUGAAAGAUUGGCUUCCUUGAUGACAGGCAUCAGCUCUUUGCAGAUCAUGUGAAGAGAACUCGUUCUACAAUAUGGCUGAGAAAGGGCAGCGAUCGUUUCAUUCCUGUGACAAAGCAUAAGUAGCUUUUCUUUUCCCUCGACCGUUCAUGCACUUGUUUAGUGUGAUAACCUGUACAUAAAAUGGGCAUCUUAGGUUUGUCUUCUUUCUUUUAAAAAUAAUUAAGGUGUAACAUAAUUCAUCCUGUGUAUAAUUUUAUUCCUUUCCUCUUGUAUCUCCAUCUUUCUUUGAUGCGUGCUCCCUUUCACUUGGGCAUAUGGUAUCUUCAUGAAUAGUGAGAUUAACAACAUUCAUUUGUUCAAAGUAAAACUACCCUUUUUCUUUCCC